GAACGCGAGGAGCCGAUGCCGGUGUUUUGGUGUACCGUGCGCGGGCUGCCGGGCCCCCUCCGCGCCCCUCUGCCGCUGCUCUUCCGAAGGGGGGCGGCCAAGAGCGGCUCCAGGCGCGACUCCGGCACUCGGGCGCUCCACGCACACGGCGCCGGCCCUGCAGAUGUCAAUAGUUUUGUUUCCCGGACCAAAACUUGUGGGGAAUUGCGCUCUGCUCAUGUAGGUCAGGAGGUCACCCUGUGUGGAUGGAUUCAAUAUCAGAGGCAGCAGCAGUUUGUGGUUUUGAGGGACUUCCAAGGACUCACCCAGAUUAUCAUACCUCAGGAUGAGGCAGCUUCCCAUUUGAGGAAGAUCUUGUAUGACACUCCAGUUGAAUCUGUAGUGAGGCUGACUGGAACUGUUGUCCCCCGGCCUCCAGGACAGACAAACCCCAGAUUGCCUACAGGUGAUAUUGAAGUUAAGGUGAAAACAUUAGAGAUCCUGAACGCCUGUAAGAAACUUCCUUUUGAAAUAAAAGACUUUGUCAAGAAAACAGAGGCCUUGCGAAUGCAGUAUCGCUAUUUGGACCUGCGGAGCGUCCAAAUGCAGUACAACCUACGAAUGAGGUCCCAGGUGGUGAUGAGAAUGCGGGAAUACCUCUGCAAUCGUCAUGGCUUUGUGGAUGUGGAAACGCCAACGCUAUUCAAGAAGACUCCAGGGGGUGCAAAGGAAUUUGUGGUGCCCUCACGAGAGGCUGGGAAGUUUUACUCACUGCCCCAGAGUCCUCAGCAGUUUAAGCAGCUAUUGAUGGUAGGAGGCCUGGACAGGUACUUCCAAGUAGCCCGCUGCUAUCGAGAUGAAGGUUCCAAGCCAGACAGGCAGCCCGAAUUCACUCAGAUUGAUAUUGAGAUGUCAUUUGCAGACCAAACUGGGAUUCAGGCUUUAAUUGAGGGCUUGCUGCAGUAUUCCUGGCCUGAGGAAAAGAGACCCAUCACAAUACCUUUUCCAUCCAUUACCUAUGAUGAUGCUCUGGCCACCUAUGGGAGCGAUAAGCCAGACACUCGCUUUGAAAUGAAGAUCAUUGAUGUCACUGGUGUGUUCAGGAACACAGAAAUUGGAGUUCUCCAGAAAUCUCUCAAUGAGCCCCGGGGUACCGUCAGAGCCAUUUGCAUUCCGCAGGGAGCGAAACAUCUUCGGAAUAAAGAUUUGGAGUCAUUAAAUGAAUUGGCAAAGUCCCAGUUUAACCAGGGAAUACUGCACUUGAUUUUGAGGUCUGAUGGCAGUAUGAAGUCCCCACUUGGUAAGUUCCUGAAUGAAGAACAAAAACUGGAGCUUGUCAGAGCAGUUCAGGCCAAUGCGGAUGACGUCGUGUUGCUGGCAGCUGGAGAGCAUGAGAAAGUGUGUUCUACGUUGGGAAAGUUGCGCUUGGAAGCUGCUGAUCUUCUGGAAGCAAGAGGCCUGUCCCUUCGCAACCCCUCUGCCUUUCAUUUCCUAUGGGUGGUGGAUUUUCCCCUUUUUCUCCGGAAAGAAGAAAAUCCCAGGGAAUUGGAGUCAGCUCACCAUCCCUUCACUGCCCCCCACCCCUCUGAUGAGCACCUCCUCUAUACAGAUCCUGCCAAGGUCCGUGGUCUGCACUAUGAUCUGGUGCUUAAUGGUAAUGAGAUUGGAGGUGGCUCCAUUCGAAUACACAGCGCAAAGCUGCAACGUUUCAUUCUUGAGACAGUGCUGAAGGAGGACACAGAGCUGCUUUCUCACCUGCUUGAAGCACUAGACAGUGGGGCACCUCCACAUGGAGGAAUUGCAUUAGGACUUGACAGGCUGAUUUGCCUUCUAGUAGGAGCUGCAAGUAUUCGAGAUGUCAUUGCCUUCCCCAAAUCAUUCAAGGGGAGAGACCUGAUGUGCAAUUCUCCAGAUUACAUUGCCCCAGAAGAGCUUGAACCAUACCAUGUCAAGAUUGCAGAGCCCAUGCCAGAAGUGAAAGUGAAAAGUAACUGACUACAUGACAGAAAUGAAGAGUAAAACAUCCAGUAUUGAACCCAUUGGAUUUUUGGAACUGGUAGAUGGUCUCCUGUACUUAUUUUUGAUGGAAAAUUGGA